AUGUCUUUGCAACCAUCAGUUGGAACUUCAAGGAUUUUGGAGGAGGUUGUUGCCCCAGAAUGGGAUGAAAAUCUCAUUCUGAUCGAAGAUAACGAUGGACCACAUGGUACGAAGGGUGCUGCUGACAAUAAGGUUAAGCAAGCCAAAACCAAGCUUAACAUCAAGUGGCAAGCUCAGCCUUCUAAUUCGCCAGAUCUCAACCCUAUUGAGACCAUUUGGCGCAUUAUCAAGCAGCGUUUAAAGAAUAGGGGGGUCAUCUUCCAGACAGAGGCGCUGAAGGCUGCUAUCCAGGAGGAAUGGGAUAAAAUCACCAUAGAGGAGAUCAACAAUGCUAUCUCCACCAUGCCAGAUAGAACAGUAGGCAUCAAUGCAGAGACAGUCACAAAUAUCACCUCGACAGAAUUUCCCGGACAUUAUCCUGGCGAAGACCACUCAUGGUCUCUGUCAAAAUACAAAAAGAACCUUAAGAUCAAAUUCCACAAGAACCUGCCCUACGAUGCAUCCUUUUCCAUCAUCGGCAUUGAUGCCUCCCUCGCGAAUGCCAUCCGCCGCAUCCUCAUCGCCGAAGUCCCUACACUUGCCAUCGAGCAAGUCUUUGUCACCAACAACACCUCCGUCCUGGCCGAUGAAGUCCUUGCGCAUCGUCUGGGCCUCAUCCCCCUCCGGGGUAGCGUCUCAGGUCUUGAUGCUACGGACGUCUUCUUAAAACCAGAUGAGGAGAACGGCAUAGUGGGAAGUCAGCCAGCAGAUUACAACACAAUCAUCAUGCAUCUGCACGUUGAAUGCACGUACAAUGAGUCCGCAGAUCCAAAUGAAAAAGACCCAAAGAAGAGAUUCCACAAUAGCGAUGUGUAUGCGCGGGAUCUUGUUUUCGCACCAGUAGGCAGGCAGGUCGAGCGCUUCAAGGACGACCCAAUCGUGCCCAUGAAUCCAGAUAUUUUAAUCGCCAAGCUCAGGCCAGGUCAAAUUAUUGAUAUGGAACUCCACUGCAUCAAAGGAUUGGGAAUGGACCAUGCUAAAUUCUCCCCCGUCGCGACAGCGACUUACCGUCUGCUGCCAAAGAUAAACAUACUCAAGCCGAUCCUAGGACUGGAAGCAGGAAAGUUUCAGAAGUGCUUCCCUGAAGGCGUCAUUGGUAUAGAACGGGUGACGGCGAAGGAAGCAGGUACGGAAGGAAGCGGCUAUGAAGGUCAUGAAGGGAAAGAAAAAGCCGUGGUUCGAAACUCCUUUGCCGAUACUGUUUCAAGAGAAUGCCUGAGGCAUGAUGAGUUCAAGGGCAAGGUCAAGCUUGGUAGGGUUCAAGAUCAUUUCAUCUUCAGCGUGGAGAGCACGGGCCAGUAUCCCAGCACGAAUCUCGUGCUGAAGAGUCUAAAAGUGCUGAAUCUCAAAGCUCGGCAUUUGAAGAGGGCGCUGGAUAUGCUGGAGGGUGGUUGA